AUGAGCAACACCACCAUGGAUCAGCUGGAAAAGGCCCAUAAGGCGGGUGUCGUACUCGGCCUCGCUGGCUUCGGCACAGAGCAGCGCCUUGACAUCGACGUCAUGCUGACCGAGCAACCCGAUACCUUCAAUCUUUACCUCAUCGCCUUGAUGGAACUCCAAGGAAUGAAGGAUCUGCCUUGGCCGACUCCUGACGGUUAUUCCUUCCAAGAUGGGUCCCAGGCGGACUUGAAAAUGUCCUGGUUCCAACUCACUGGCAUUCAUGGACAACCCCCGCACUUCGGAACCUGGCACCGUCCGUACCUGGCAAUGAUGGAGCAAACCUUGUUUCGUCAGGUAGCCAACGUCGCGAAGCGGUUCUCUGAGUCGAACAUUCCUGACGAACAGAAAAAGAAAUAUCUUGCUGCUGCUGAACAGUUCCGUCUCCCGUACUGGGACUACUUUCGCCCCCGAGCGUACAGCAAAACUACCUUCCCAGGAGUCACUAACCCCCGAAAAGGCACGACAACAGCUCCCUAUGACUGGGGUGCUCCGCAAAUCUUCACACUACGCGAGGUCAUGGUCAGGCGUCUUCCAGAUAACAAACUUGUUCCUAUGAAAAACCCUUUCUUCCAGUUCGAGUUCAGCGAUGAACAACUCAGCAAGAUUAGACUUGAUCAGGAUCUGCGUAGAAGGAUCAAGCCACAAUUCGACAACAUCCUACAGACAAUUCGACACGGAGGAUCUGAUGCAGACGCCAUGGAACGCAUGAAUGUGCAGCUGAAUCAAGACCGCGAAGGCCGGAUUCGCUUAUGCCUCGCUUUGAUGGAAGACGAGGUUUACAGAAACUUCAGAACGUUUUCAACCAACGCCGUCUUGUCGAAGCCUGGUGAGAGACCCAUAGCAAUGCUAGAAGAAGCUUCCGGAUCCAUCGAAGAUUUUCACGGUGCUUAUCAUGUCACAAUCGGCAAUCCCGACGGACACAUGGGUUCCAUCGCCACGGCGGCUUUUGACCCGAUCUUCUGGAUGCAUCAUUGCCAAAUUGAUAGACUGUUCGCGAUCUGGCAGGCUGCCAAUGGUGAUGAGCACUGGUUCAAUGAGCUUCCAAAGGACAAGCAGGGACUGGCCACAAUCGACCUGACGCCGUUCCGCAAAUCGGUUUCGGAGAACAAUGAAAAGAAGUACUGGACCUCCGACUUGUCUAGGAGGACUACGGAUUUCGGAUACACAUAUCCGGACACAGCACGUGGACAGACAGGGGACAAUAUUCGUAAGGAAUUCAGGGAAAAGUAUGAAUGGAGCCGACGAACCACCGCUAAGCUCGUUUUCGGCACACCCCCGGAUGAUAUGAAGCCUAUAGAAGUCGGCGAGGCCCAGGUAUUCCAGUACCCGCCUGGCAACUCGUCUGGCGAUCUCUUGAGGGGUCCUGGUUUGCCCAUACAUGAGAUGCAACAGCAGACUGUCAUGGCCGAAAUGCCAUCCAACCCGCAGUACGCAGACGAUUGGUACAUCGACAUUGUGGUCGAGAGAAUGCUUGCCAAUGGGACUUACACCAUCUACUACAUCAUCGGCGAAGUCCAAGGACAGACCGGCCAGGAGUGGUCGAGUCUUCCUGGCUUUGCGGGCCUGUCCCAUAUCCUAGCCGCGCCUGCCAACGUGUGCGACAACUGCGCCAGCCAGGAAGAGCAAGGACAGCUCGUGACUAGCACAACUGCAAUCACUUCGCUGCUCCUUGACUACGUCCAGAUCGGUAAGCUGAGCAGCAUGGGCGAGGACGACGUGAAGAAGUUCCUCAUUGAGAAUUUGAAAUGGCGAGUUCAGACUAUCGCUGGUGAGGUCCUUAAUCCCAGGGAUAUGGACAGGGAUCACACUUUCAACCUCAGCAUCAGUCGUAAGCGAACUCCCGUGCCACGCAGCGCAGGUGAUGUGCAAUAUAAAACUUACCCUGAGGUCAUCGAGGCGAUCAUCAACAACUCUUCUUAG